AAUCAAAUAAAAUCUGAACUGCAAGAACAGAAGCAACAGAAACGACUUUUGAAAGAAUUGCAUCUCAAAAGAGUGCAAUCAUUGCGUAAAGAAUUAGAAUACCUUAAGUCAACCGAGUGGAAAUACCAACCUAUAGAUAGAUAUUUGGAUCAGAGCUAUAGAAACUAAAAAUGUUAUCUUUCAUGUAUAAUAUUAUUAAUAAUGUUUUUGGAUAUAAAUAUUUCUCGCAACCAGAAGAAGAUGACAUAAAUGUUGUUAUAGCUCGCCUUGAAAGCCUUCAGAAAGAAGAUGCAUUGACAUCAAAGAAUGAAGAAACCUGUGAAGAAACCUAUGACGAAGAAGGAAGUUAUUAUAAAACAGGAAAUGUUACGUUCGUCAAUGAUGAAUAUAUUCUUAUAGACAAUUGUUAUAUGUGCGAAACAACCAAUGUAUUAACUAGUAAACCUAAAGUUGGAGAUAUGGUUUACUACUUUGCAUACAAAAAAAAUGAAAAUAAUGAUCAAAAAAUAUAUAAGAUUAUAUCUAUAAUAGAAGAGUCUUGGGAUGAUACAGUUAUUGUACCACAAACAAAUAUUGUUAAAGUAGACAUAUUAACAAAAACUAUUAUUGGAAAAGUAAUUAGUCGGAAGGGCAGAAAAGUAUUCAUUGAUCCUAAUGACAUUUGUAUUGAUCUAGAUAAGAUAAAUUCUGAAUUUAUACCUAUAGUUGGAGAUUGGUUGCAGUUGGAAUGUUUGGUAGAAUUUGACGAGAAAAAAACAGAUUUAACUGGAAAAAUUAUAGAGAUUAAUAAAAUACGACCUUUAAGGUCUAAAUUGGAUAUUAAUGUUAUAACUGUUUAUGAUCCUAUAAAGGAGUAUGGAACAAUUGGAAAAACUACUGUAUUUAAUAAAGCUGUUUGUGAAUCUGGUUACAUACCUUAUGUAGGUGAUAAAGUAGCUAGUGAUACUAUAGAAAGUGAUCAAGGCAUCUACUCAUGGAGAUCUUUGACUGUAGUCCCAUUAUUGCAGGUGCCGGAUAAAACCAAGCAACUUCCAAUUCUAGAGUCUUCUCAGUCUUUUCAAAUACCGCAACUUGAUUUGGAUACAUUGAUUAAAGAUAAAUGUGGCAUAAUUAUUAGCAAUGAUUUAAAAAUCAAUGUAAAUAUACAAGAAGAGAAAGAUAUAUUUGUUUUAAUACAGAACACGAGCUCUACUAGUCAUAUGUUAUGUAAAGGGUGCUUUAUGUCAAAGAAAGCACAAUCACAAUUAUCUUUAGUAUGGCCUGAAGUUAAGCAAACUACCAUUUUAAAUCCUUCUGCAACAAUUUCCUAUCAAUUCAAGUGCAAUGCAAAAUUUGUAGGAAUUUCUGAAGAAUUAUUUAUCUUUAUUUUUAAAGGAUUCCAAAUAGGAAGAAUUUUUCAAAUAAAUGUUGAAUCAAAAAAUAUCUUAGAUACUCAAAAAAGAUGUACUUAUAAGAGAGAUAACUAUGUUCCAUUUAUAGAUAAAGAAGAAGAAUCGAUGUAUGUUCCAGGGAUACGACCCUGUAAACCACCUGCAUUUAUAAAAAUGCGUAAUGGUGUAUUUAAAGUACCAAAGCGCUUUUGGGAUGCCGUAUUAAAUAAUUUAAAUAAAUCACAAAUUGAAUGUGAAAUUGCAAUUGGAAAUGCAAUACCUUGUUUAUUGCAAAGACUAUGCUUUGAAACAUAUAGAGAUCGGUUUCAUGCUUUAUUAUAUUUGGAAGAAAUUGAUCAAACUUUUGCUAUGCAACAAUAUGACAUGGAAAAUGCUGUGAUGAAACAUUGUGGGGAAUAUCUUAGUUUAAAAGUACUUGGUCUAGCAGAAAAACGACCUUCUCUCCUUAUUGGUGACAAAGCUAUAAUAUCCUUCAAAUGGGAUAAACAUCAAGGUAAACUGAAAUACGAAGGAUAUAUUCACAAAGUGACAAGUACAGAGAUUUUCUUAAAAUUUAAUAAAAAAUUCCAACAGGAAUAUAAUAAUGAAAAUUGUCAAGUAUCAUUUAAAAGUUCUACUACUGUUAUGCAACGUUGUCACAAUGCUGUUAAUUUAGCAGUAUUACAUUUAGGACCUGAAUUUCUUUUUCCUACUCGUGUUAUUACAAAAGAUCCACAAGUAAUUUUAGAUGAAGUUGAUAGCGAAGAGAGAGCACCUAGUGAAAAGGGAAAAUAUAAACGAAAUGGAUCAAUUUCAUCUGUAUCUUCAAGUACAACUAGCGAUAGUUCUGAUAGUACAACGAAAUCAUUGCCAAGAGUAUCAGUUGCAGAAAGACUUUUUAAAGUCAAACCUAUAGAACAACCUAAGAAUAUAACAGGAUAUACUAAUUUGGUCACGGUUGAUCAUGAUACUGAUAACACUAAGAGUAUUGGUGAAUUUAAUAAAGAUAAGGAUAAGGAUAAGGAUAAAGAUAAAGAUAAAGAUACAGAAAAAGAUAAAGAUAUAGAAAAUGAUAAAGAUAAAGAUAAAGAUACAGAAAAAGAUAAAGAUACUUCUGUUUUUUCUGAUAUAGGAUGUAAAAAGGAAGAAGAUCCAGAUUCUUCCAAUACCUCUGAUAUUGAUGCAGCAUUAAAUAAAUGUAUUUCACAAAUAAAAAAACGAAAGUUAAUUUGGUUUAAUAAGAAUUUAAAUUAUUACCAAAAAGAGGCUGUAAAAAAUAUCUUAAAAGGAUUAGCUCGGCCUUUGCCAUAUGUGAUAUUUGGCCCACCUGGUACAGGAAAGACUGUUACUUUAUGUGAAACAAUUUUACAAUUAUUAACAAUUCUACCCGAAAGUAGACUUUUAAUUGCUACACCAUCAAACAGUUCGGCAAAUUUAAUAUUGGAACGACUAUUGGAUAGUAAAAUAUUGAAACCUGGUGACGUGGUACGACUUAUAGCGCAUCAUUGUCUAGACGAUGGUACUAUACCAAAAAAAUUACUGCCUUACUGUGCAACUGCGGACAUAGCUAAAGAAGGAACACGUCAUAGAUUUGAAUCAUCUGUUCAAGGGCCUAAGAUUAAUUGUACUAUGAGUACAAUUGGACGUCAUAGAAUUACAAUUGGCACUUGUAUUGCAUUGGGAGUAUUAUACAAUAUGGGCUUUUCUCGCAGUCAUUUCUCUCAUGUACUAAUAGAUGAAGCAGGCCAAGCAACAGAGCCAGAGAUUAUGGUACCAUUAAGUUUCAUUCAUGCUAGUCAUGGACAAGUAGUUCUUGCAGGUGAUCCACUACAACUUGGUCCAGUUAUACAAAGUAAAUUGGCAAAACAGUUUGGUUUGGAGGAAUCAUUUCUCUCAAGACUACUUUAUCAAUUUCCUUAUCAAAGAGAUCCUGAAGGAUUUGAAACCUGUUAUGAUCCUAGACUUGUAACAAAACUUAUUAUAAAUUAUCGAAGUUUACCAGAAAUACUAGAACUGCCCAAUUCAUUAUUUUACAACUCCGAAUUACAAGCAAAAAUUUCAUCUAAAAAUAGUGACGAAGCGCAGCUUUUACGAACACUAGCUGAAGAAUUGCCUGAAAGGAAAGGAUUACCACCAGCUAUACUUUUUCAUGGAAUAAAAGGAAAAAAUUUAAGAGAUUCCGAUAGUCCAAGUUGGUAUAAUCCUGAAGAAGCAACACAAGUAUACAUUUACCUUUUAAGAUUAUACAACUGUGGAAUUUCUCCAGAAGAUAUCGGUAUCAUAACACCUUAUCAAAAACAGGUUUUGCAAAUUCGACAAUUACUUUGGGAAUUAAAUAUUGUAUGUCCAAAAAUCAGCAGUGUUGAAGGAUUCCAAGGACAAGAACGAAAAAUAAUAAUCCUUUCAACAGUGCGAUCCUCUACAAAUUUUAUCGCUGAGGAUAUUAAGCAUGCUCUGGGAUUUAUUGCUUCACCAAAAAGAUUAAAUGUUGCUAUCACUCGUGCACGUGCUUUACUCAUUAUUCUUGGAAAUGCUGAAUUAUUAGCUGAAGAUCCAUAUUGGAGAAGUGUUCUCAUCUAUUGUCUUGACCGAAAUAGUUAUAUUGGAUGUAAUUUCGUACCGUUUCAUCUUAAUAAUUCUUUUAUAGAAAAAGAUAGUACAUUGGAUGAAACUUAACAUAUCAUAUAUAUGUAUGUACCACUGGUAAUGUAAAAUAUGUGAAAGACAUUUUUA